AUGUCAACGCCGUCCUCGACCGCGCGAAGUGCGACCGCAACUUCGCCUCAGGUCACCGCGUCGGUCGUCAAAUUCCACUGCCUCUACACCCACGAUCUGCGGCGCAAGUCGAAACGAUGGCAAGAUGGCUAUCUACGGUACCACAAGUUUAACAAGCGCAUAAUGGUCUACGACGAGAAUGGAAAUUUCAUUGGUGACCAUCACUGGCGAUCCAAUGACGAGGUCCAAGAUGGCGACGAACUCGAGCUGGAUAAGGGUGUUCUGAUACAGGUUACCGAGUGCACGGGGACGAGUGAAACCGAUAUCACCAACCUUUACGAGAAACGAAAGUCCAGCCAGGGUUCACCACAGACAAAAGAUCCAGUGUCCCAAGCUCCCCGCUCUUCGGCGCCUAUCCGUUCCUCCGGCUCCCAGUCUUUCCGUUCGCUAAACGAUCUGUUGAAUAUAAAGAAGACUCCGAUCGGACACCUUGUUUCUCCAUACGAGCAAAGGAAUCCCCCACCGAAAACGCAGAAUACCCAAGAACCCACAAGACCGACGAAACGUCAGAAGACAACCACGGCGGUGCCUACACUCCCCGAGAGAAGCUCGCGCGUUCACAGUCAGGUCAUUGAUUUGACGGAGCCGAACCCCAGAGCUUCCCUGAGACAGGAUACGAAUUCACGGGCAGAAAAAGAGCCUCUCAGUUCUGGAGGUUACCCAGUGACCGAUGCAUACCCGACAGUUCGUGAAGCUACACGGACAACAGUUGCGCCAAAGCCAACUCUGCCCCAGAGAACCAAUCUUCCUUCUACGACAAGAAGCACGGGAGUCGCUGCACCUGAAAUGAUGAACAAUCGACCAAAACCAAUGGCGCCACCUCGUGUAGCACCCAAGGCUGUACAACCUGCCGCACCCGCGAACAAUAGACCUCAAGAUCCGCUGCGGCCUAUGCAAUCGCAGAGACCCGGCCCUGUCGUCACAAGAAAUCCAGUACCUGCUGCACCUGAAACGGACAUUAGUCGACCAAUACCAAAGAUGCCACUUCUUACAGCACCCAAAGCUGUGCAACCUGCCACACCUGUGAACAAUGAGCCUCAAGACCUGCCGCAGCCCCAGAGACCCGAUCCCACGGAAUUUUCAAGACCUUUUGUUCCGGAAAGGUCUAUGGAAAGCCAAUCCCCUCUACCCCAGGGAAGAACGGCAAUGGAUGAGCCCGUUACAGGGGUCAGAGAUAGAUCGAAAGAUGUGUCGAACCCCAUGCAGCCACCAAGGCCGGGUCCUCCGACAGCUUCGAGGCCACCGUUUCCAGCGCCAAAGCCCCUUACCACUCGUCCCGUACCGAAUGCGUCAGUUCACACAACCAAUAAGAACGCAGAACUUGUGAAGCCCACAAGUGACACAGCUUCCAAUGAUAUGCCACCUCCCUCACGCCCAUCCAAGGCAAUACCGUCAGACAAACCCACGACUUCUCUACGGAUGGCAGCUGCAAAGCCACGCAGGAAGCUGAUGUAUAGCGCACUGCUGCCAGGUGAUAUCUUACAAAAAUCCUCGUCUCCACCAACAAGGACACCCCCAUGUGAGACUACCACAAUUUCCCAAGAGCCGCAGUUUACAAGACCAGUCGUUUCCCCGACUAAAAAUCCUGGGACUGCAAAUGAAGACUUCAUGCCGUCAGAGUCAACACAAUUUAUAUUCGACGAGAUGCUAGAUGGCUCGGGCUUCAAACCGCCUUCGGCAAUUCGAAAUCUUACGGCAAGAAGGUCUCUUGAUACGCCUUUCCGCAAAUCAGUAUCCGAUCCAACUGCAUUGAUUUCACGACAAGGCCAUCAAGCCCCAUCAAACUUUACGAGAAGCUUGUCAAAUGCAGCGGACCAGGAAACCGAACCCAAAGAACAAGGACCGUGGACCUCUGAAGCUUUGGAUCUGUUUGAUUUCUGGCCCGCUGGACGUCCAAAACCUACUUGA